AUGGAGGCCGACAAGGAUAACGCAAAUCCCACAAUCAUCAACCCGUCGGAUUUGCCAUCCCGCCGCAGGUCUGCGCCAACGGCGAAGCGGCCUGGAAUAUUCGAUGCCUUAGCACCUGCAUAUCCGAGCCUGGCGGAUGCGCCAUCCCCGCCUGAGGCACUGUCAGACGUCUCGUCAGACGAGGAGCGCGAAGAGAUUGAUGAGCAGGAAGUCUACGAUCUCAUUUCCACCAUCUCGGACCCCGAGCAUCCUCUGUCCCUCGGCUCGCUUGGGGUGGUGACGCUUGACGACAUCAAGAUUGUACGGCCCACCUCCCCACGAUCACGCAUUAGCACUGUCACGGUGUUGGUAACGCCUACUACCUCGGCGUGUUCUCUUACCACUGUCAUUGGGCUUGGGGUCAAGGUUCGACUUGUCAAUGCAUUGCCUCCACGGUUUAGGAUAGAUGUCCGUAUCAAGGAGGGCACAUCAAAGACUGCAGACGAAGUCAAUAAGCAGCUAGGCGACAAGGAGCGUGUGGCUGCUGCGAUGGAGAACAGAUCACUCGUUAGUGUCGUCAACAAUAUGCUGGCGACGUGUGAAUGA